AGCGCAAUGUUUUGAUGCGGCUGGCGGCAUCGCACGUUUUGUCUGCUACCAUUAAAAAGUCAUACACGAUUUUAAAUUCAAAAAUAAUGUUCAUUUGUUAAAAGAGUCAUCGAUAUUAGUAAUUUCCAAAUGAAAGAGUAAAAAUGGAUUCCGAGUAUGCGUGUAAACGCCUCUAUUGCAAUCAAGGUGCCAUUAGAUCAGUUAAUUUUAGCGAAGAUGGAGCAUACUGCAUCACCAGUGGGUCCAGCAAAAAAGUCAAACUUUGGAAUCCCUACAAAUCAACUUGUUUAAAAACUUACGCUGGUCAUGCUAACGAAGUUAUGGAUGCAGUCUCAUCAUGCGAUCAGAGUCAAAUAGUAUCAUGUAGCAUGGACAAGUCAGUAAUACUGUGGGAUGUUAUUGCUGGAACACCUGUACGUAGGCUUAGAUGUCAUACAGGAAUAGUAACCACAGUAAGAUUCAAUGAACUGUCAACAAUUAUAGUAUCUGGAUCUCAAGAUAAUUCAGUUAUGUUGUGGGAUGCAAGAUCUAAAGCCAUAACACCAGUGCAGGUUUUACCUGAUGCAAAAGACUCUAUCUCAAGUGUGAGAGUUUCUGACCGAGAAAUUCUUACUGCCUCAUAUGAUGGUUUUAUUAGGAGGUAUGAUAUUAGAGAAGGAAGACUGGUUACAGAUUGUAUGGGAGAAAUUGUAACAUGCGCUAGCUUUACCAAAGACAAUCGAUGUGUAUUAGUCAGCUGUGCCGAUGGAACUAUCAAACUUAUGGACAGAGAUACUGGUGAACUAUUAAGUGAAUAUGAAGGAUUAAAAAAAAGUGAUUACUGCAUUGAAUCAAGUGUAAAUAAAGACGAUAAUAUAGUUCUGUCUGGAUCUAGCGAUGGCAGAAUAUGGAUGUGGAAUUUGAUAUUAAAAAAAGUAGUUGGACAUUUAUCCGAUGAUCAAUCACAAAAGCAUCCCAUCAUUUCUAUUGCUGUACAUCCAAGCAAAAAUUGUUUCCUUGGUGCUAAUAGCCAAGAUAUUCUUUUGUGGGAAAAAGUUGAAUCUGAAUAAAUAUCUACGAUGUGAAAAUAUUUUGUAAAUAACCAUAGCUUUUAGAUAUAAAAAUUUUAAAUAUAGAUAUUUUUUCCAUUUCUA